AUGCCUCGUAUCAACUUCAGCCGUACUGAGCGAUUCGCUCAGAUGUCGAAGCAGGAGCAACUGAUCGCCCAGAAACGACAGCAAAUCCUGGAAAAGCAGCGCACAUUAGAACUGGCCAAACAGAUCGCCGCCGAAGCGACCAAGGACACACCGACGAGUGCCACGGAAACGCCGGAGACUACGGACUCGUCGGGUAAGGUUGUACUACCGUUCAGCAACGACGGCUCGUUUCUGGAGCGAUUCAAGCAGUUGAGUGAGAAGAUUGUGAAACAGACCGAGGACUUGGUGAAGCCGGAACCGGACGCGACUGUCGAUAGCGUACCGGGAACGACCCCGAGUGUUGCUAAUAGCAGCACCAGCGGGGAACAGAUGUUCAAAUUUGACAUCCCACCGCCAUCUUUGUUGCCCACGCUUCCUCCGCCGCCACCACCACCGCCACCCCAACUUCCGGCCAUGGCGGACGAUGUGCAUUUCGAACCAUUCUACGAUUUACCACCGGUGGUAGGAGCCACCGGUCCUAAUGACGGCGGAACUGUAGACGACGUCGUUAACGAGGUAGAGCCGAGCUUCCAAGUAUUUUCAGAACAUGAUAAAUUACCAACCACUGUUGAAGAAUUAAUUCAAUUGGUUGCCGAUAUCGGUGAUGUUUAUGAAGAUAAAUUAUGUUCACGUAAAAAUGAUUUACAUCCAUCGCUUUGGUUCAUCUUCGAGAAGCAAUCUGAGGCGUAUAGCGGAUUCCGGCGGAUGAUUAUGGCCCGCCGAUCUGCCCAUGUGGACAGUCCGGGAGGUGUGGCAUCUGCCCAAAGCAUGGACGGAGCAGGUCCCGAAGAACAAACGAAGGAAGGCGAAGAUGAAGAUGAGGACGCCAAAUAUGAUCCGGCCGAUGUGCUAGACGAUUCCAUCAUAGACGAGGCGGCUGAGGACGACGAGAAACAGCGCACGUCCCAAGUGGCCGGAGCGAACGAGAUUCCCAUUCACAUGAUGCCGAACUUCUAUGGCGACGAGCGUCACUUUUACGACGACAAAUCGACAACGGAGACUGAUUCGGACACCGAGUACGUGCGGGAGGCGCGCGAACGCAAUUUGAAAAAUCUCAAGCGAAAAACGUUCGAUGCCGGUAACCGACGAGAGGACGGUAGUUCCACCGAUUCGGACGACGACUACCACGCUGGCUUGGGUGACAGCGCAAACGAGUCAAUGAAUGAAAAGAAUGGAGCCAGUUCCGGUGCGGGUGGAAGUGCUACCGGAGGUAGUGGAGGUGGCGGCGGUGGCGCUGGAGGAGGAUCGCGUAGUCAUCGAUUAAAAUUUCGUAAGAAAUCUCGCUGGGGUGAAAACAAUGACGGCACUGGAACAGCUGGUAGUCAAGACGCGACGGGAACAACAUCGCAAGGGCAGCAGGCUGGAGUGGUGGCUCCGUGGAGCACAACUGCGGGACAGAUGAAUGUGGCCCCACCGCCUCCGCCGCCACCCGUACCAGCGCAAGCUUCAGGGUCUAUGGAUCGUAACAACUCGGGAUUGUUGCAGUACGUGUUCCGACAUUACGGAACAGUGGCCGACGUUACGCCAGAAUGUUGGAGCAAGGCGGAAGAACACUACCGCUUGCAACUGCUGUACGACGACCUGACGAUGAAGGUGAAAAAGCACGACCAAUUCGUACGCGGUAUCCUAGAAGCGGAGGGUGAUAAUCGUGACGCUCGCCUUGAUUCGGACGAGGAGCGCCGGUUGAACACGGCCAAGCUGGAGGCGAUUAUGUGUUGGAUCAGUGAAAUCACGCACCUGUACGAACGCGUUCGACCGGGUCAUUUGAGCGAUUUUCUUAUGCGCGAUGAUUACGAGCGCUUUGUGGAGCAGUUCCGACGAACCUCGGAUCGGCAGCCGAAUUUUGAAGAUUACAAAGAGUUUCGGCUGCGGGAAGCAAACGGCACGCUCGCCCAAGCCGGAUCCGGCUCGUCACAGCGGAACACCGGAGUAGGCCGGCCUGACUACAGUUCGACUGAUUCGGAUUUCAUUUCUUAUCGGGAGCAGCACCAAUCGCAGGCACCCGCACAGCAGUCGCAGCAGCAACAAAGCGGAGCACAGACGGGAUCUGGUCGAUCGGAGACACAACGGAUGGAACCGGCAUCUUCGGUGGGUGGCGAAAAACGGGCAGUCGAGGUAAGCGUGGAGCAGCGGCAGCAACAACAGUUGGCAGCAAAACGACGCAAGAGCCGCUGGGGCGGCCAAGUAGAAUGUGGGCCACAGUUUGCUACUGGCCCGACGAACCAGCCCACUAGCUCCCGGAACCAGCAGAUACCGCUGGCUCACCCACCAGGACCUCCACCUGUUUUGCCACUCCCGAUGGUGGGUGGAGCACCGAAGCUGUCUAUGGUGAGUCGCACUGAUCCGGCCCUGCUGGCGUACGCGAGGCAAAACUUUGGCAGCACCAACCUGUCGGAGGACGAUUGGAAAAAGGCCGAAGAUCACUACAAGAUCAACCUGCUGUACCAGGACAUGCUGCGCAAACGGCAGGAGAUCGAUCGGCUAGCUAACAACGGUCGGUUCAAGUACGAGUACGAUUCGGACGAGGACACGACGGGUGGCACCUGGGAGCACAAACUGCGCAUGCAGGAGAUGGAGGCGACACAGAAGUGGGCGAACGAGCUUACGCGUCAGUCGGAGGGCAAGCAUCACAUCGGUGAUUUCCUGCCACCAGAAGAGCUGCGCAAGUUCAUGGAGAAGUAUGAGGCCCAGAAGAACAACCGCCAACCGAACCUGAGCGACUACAAGGACUACAAGCUGCGCGAAGACAACGUCGGGUUUCAGAUGCUGCAGAAGCUUGGCUGGAAGCAGGGUCAGGGCCUCGGUGCGGAUGGCAGCGGAAUCGUCGAUCCGAUCAAUAAGGCAACACAACGAGACAAUAAUCAGGGGCUGGGCAUUAUAGCUCCGGACAAUCCGGAGGUUAACGAUAACGAGUACGAUGCGUACCGGAAGCGCAUGAUGUUGGCGUACCGUUUUCGACCGAAUCCGCUGAACAAUCCUCGACGAGCAUACUACUAGUUUGGAAAGGGCAUUUAAGGCAGACGUCGAACAAAUACCCUGGGGAUAGACUAUUUGCGUACAGCACACGUAUAGUAGAUACGUUACUCAUUUAUUAUCAUUACUGUAUUCAAUGUUAUCGAACCCGUGCCACCAUAUAAUUGCUGGUUUCUACGAGCAUCUUUUUCGCCGAGGAAUGAAUGAGCUAUGAUGCAUACCGUCGACCGAUGAUGAUUGAUAUAGUCAUUCUUCUUUAGUCAAAUUCAUUUAGAGAAAUGCAAUAUGAAAACGGUCAUUAUUGACUUUCUCUUUCUUCGGUGUGCCGUUAUGAGUACGUCGUUGGCGCUGUGGAGCAUGCGAAUCCAUAGUAUAUAUUCCCUACCACGAUGAGCUUUGAAGGUAACAUCACGAGAUAAAACGUGGAUUAAAACUUCGUUUGGGCGUUUGGGCAGGCAACCCGCAAUAUUGCGCGUUGUGGAAGAAGGCUAGCUUUGACGUCUCAUGUUGAGUCGGUAGACGAUCCUAACGCUGCAGGCACUUCUCGAAGCCGGCCCGUAUGGUGGAAGAUGCGAGAGCUGGGAGCGAAUAAUCGUAAGCUUAUUUAUGCUGCCGGUGGUGUAUUUGAGGCGCGCCAUGGUAGAUGUGAUUGCAAAAAUUUGCGAAUAAGAAGCAUUGUAGGGAUGUGUUCGCAUGCGUUCGUUCAUAGAUGUAUAUUGCAUUCUUUAGCUACGGAAAUGUCAUGAAUGUAAACGAAUUAAAAAAUUGUAAUAAAUAAAAUA